GCUGCAGCGGCACCACCUAGAAUCGUGCGCACGAGACUCGACGACACGUCUCAGGCCGCUCGAGCCAGUCGCACGCGAGCUACGUCGAUUGGUACAUUAUUGUCGCUUUGCGCAUAGCACCGUGAGAGUGCGUAGCGUUCAGUGGUGGAAAAAAAAAAAUGGUGGUUAUUUGGGUGUAGUCGGGGCGAAUUUUCUGGCGACACGCGAAUAUUUUUUCAGUUCCUUGGGCAUUAGAAAUUUGCUAGCCAAUUCAGUGGUUUGUCAUGGAAUAUGCAGCCUAAGUCCAAAAUGUUAGAGAUAUGAAUAUGGAUAUUUUAAAUCUUAUAACAAAGACUGCUCAUUAAAAUAUAUAGUCACAGUCAGAAAAAUUUUAAUUUGAGCUUUGAAGGAGGCGAUAAUAAUAUGAAUCUUAUUAAUUUUACAUUGAAGCAAAACUGAGUAAAGAGACGCAAAGGAAUAGGGAAACUAAUUUUGUGAAGUAGAAUUUUAAAUAAAGUUGGUUAUGUGCAAUGCCGAGAUGCUACAAUGACAGCAAGACAGUGAGUUCAGUGAACAGCAACUAUAAGCACAGUACAGACGAUAUUAUAUUAACACAAUCACAUGCUUUCUCGAUUGGAAGUCAUUUGGAAGUAGACGAAGAUCCCCCGGUAGUUGAAAAAUCACAUAGACGGCUUCGGUGUGAUCUAAGUCCCGUUCCAACAAAUACAAACCCCAAUUUAAACAUAAAGCUUCUUGGUUUAAAGGGUACUGUUGAUAAAGGUACUCGUCAGGAUCAUCACCAGGUGAGCACUGGAUCUGGGGGGCACAAAGAAAAAAAUAGGGAGACUAAAAAGAGAGCAGCUAUAGGCAAUACAGUGCGUGGAUUCCUCUCAUCUGGCCAUAGCAGGCAGGACAGGUAUGAGACAAACAGGCAACGUUCUUCAGGUGGAACUAGUGGUGGCUUAUCUAGUUUAUGUCCUAAGCUGGUGGCCAGUGGAGGCACUGGCAGCCAAAGUGGCAUUAGUUUGGCAGUGGGCCACUUAGCCUCUCAAGAAAGUGGAGGUCCUUGCGCAGUUGUAACGACUCAAAGGAUCCAUGCACACAAUCAUAAACGCCAAAGAAAGUUAUCUAUCGUCGCGCAGGCAGGUCCUAGUGUCAACACUACUGGUGAUAGAAAGGUAUUAUCUAACAUAAGUCGCUCUGCCAGCAUCUCUAAAAAGCAAAUUCGAACACAGCGACAUGAUCAGAAUACCGAUUCUUUCUCUGUAACUAGCAACGGUCUCGCGACUAGUUCACCAUCCUCUAAAAAGAAAGUACUGUCUGCUCUGCGUAUCUCUGAUCGAUCAUCUACUCAAAGUGUGAAUUCAUCAUCCUUAGAUCAUGAAAAUGAUCGCAGUUUCAGUGAUGCUGAAGAAGCAAUCGCAGCAACAGAAAAUGCAUUCGCGACUUCAGAAUCUAGUUCUACACCUUCUACACCAGUUAGUAAAGUGAAGUCGGCAAAAUUUAGCAAGGAUGAGGAAGCAAAUGUGGAACGUGAUAUUCUCGCGGAAUGUACUGAUUCAUCAAGGAAAGUGGCAGAUGUACAACAUGUAAUUUUAAAUGAGUUUGAACAAAAGAAUGCUGCGACAAUAAAAUCGUCUGCAGUACAUAAAUUACACGCGAUUAAUCAGGAAAGUAUUAUAAAUGAUAAACAAAAAUCAUUGUCGAGCUCUACUUUUGGCGCCAAAUCUGUUAGUAGUGAUCAAAAAAUUUCGAAAUUUAAAAAUCCAAAUUCUAUAGAGAAAAUGAUUGAACAUCAUAGUAAUAAAGACAUUGAAACAGCUAAUAUAGAAAAAGACUUAGAUGAUACUACGAUAUCAGCAGACACAGAAAUGAAUUCCAUGAAUAGUAAAGAUAAACAAGAGAAAAGUAGAAAAUCUAUAGAGUGCAUGGAGGGCGAUGAUGAUGGUGCAGAUAAAGAAAUUACAAAUACUUUGAAGAUUGUAAGCAGUGAUAAGAGUGAAAAGGUAACGAAGAUAAAGAAUAACGCAACUUUAAGUGAGGAAGUAAUCAAAGGUUCGAGAUUUGUAACAUCGAAAGUAGUAGAGCAGGUAACGGAUGCAGAUACCAAGACGGUAGAAGUGGAAAAAGAAGAAGAGGAGGAAAGAGUGACGAUAUACGAUGACGAUGGCACUAGUAUCAGUGAUAUAGUUGCAGCACAAGCGCUUCACGAAUCGUUAAGUAAAUUAGGUAAAGUUCCGCCAUUGGAUACUGAAAUGGAAAAGGUGCAGGCAGGUACAAGUUUAAGAGACGAAACAGAGAUGAGGGAGCAUCCUGAAAAAGAUAUAGUUACCCAAGAAGAAACGGUGGAAGGUUUUAUCGGUCCAUUGCUCGAUGAAAACUUUAAAGCGGAUGAGAAAUUGUCGCAGAAAACAAUGGCGAUGGAGGAGGUGCAAAAUUUAUUAAUGAAGGUAAAAGUGCAGGCUGUUGAGGAUGACGAUGAUGAAGAGAAAGCUGUGGGUAUUUCACCAGAUGGAAGAUUUUUGAAAUUUGAAGAAGAAAUCGGUCGUGGUAGUUUCAAGACUGUUUAUCGCGGGUUAGACACUCAAACGGGCGUAGCUGUUGCCUGGUGUGAAUUGCAGGAGAAAAAGUUGAAUAAAACAGAGAGAUUGAGAUUCAGGGAAGAAGCUGAAAUGUUGAAGGGAUUACAACAUCCGAAUAUUGUAAGGUUUUAUGAUUAUUGGGAAGUUACACUUACCCGUAGAAAAUAUAUUGUACUAGUCACUGAACUUAUGACAUCAGGAACAUUGAAAACGUAUCUAAGAAGAUUUAAGAAGAUUAAUCCCAAAGUAGUAAAAUCUUGGUGUCGGCAAAUUUUAAAAGGCCUGAGCUUCCUUCAUUCUAGAUCACCGCCUAUUAUUCAUCGCGAUUUGAAAUGUGAUAAUAUUUUUAUCACGGGUACGACGGGAAGUGUGAAAAUUGGUGAUUUAGGUCUAGCAACAUUGAAGAAUCGUAGUUUUGCAAAGAGCGUUAUUGGUACACCGGAAUUUAUGGCACCUGAAAUGUACGAGGAGCAUUAUGACGAGUCAGUGGAUGUUUAUGCUUUUGGAAUGUGUAUGCUUGAGAUGGCUACUAGUGAAUAUCCAUAUUCCGAAUGUACAGGACCAGCACAGAUAUAUAAACGCGUAGUAUCGGGUGUUAAACCACAGAGCUAUGAUAAAGUUGAAAAUCCGGAGGUACGUGAUAUCAUAGAAAUGUGCAUACGCUUGAAGAAGGAAGAACGGCCGCUCGUUAAGGAUUUACUCAAUCAUGAAUUUUUUGCUGAUGAUGUUGGAUUGAAAUUAGAGAUGGUAUCACGAGAUUCGGCGGUUGCGGAUGCCGAACUCUCGCGUGUUGAAUUUAGGUUGCGGGUGCUGGAUCCUAAGAAGCGUAGUAACAAGCAUAAAGAGAACGAGGCAAUACAAUUUGACUUUGACAUACAGGCUGAUAAUGCGGAAGAAGUAGCGUUAGAAAUGGCAAAAUCUAGCCUUAUAUUAGAGGAGGAUGCUAAAGCGGUGGCAAAGAUGUUGAAAUCGCAAAUUACCACUCUAUUGCGAGAACGAGAAGAACGCAAAGCCAAAGAAGAAAAGGAACGCUUGGAUAGGGAAACCGCCGCUAUAGCCACAGAAGUCACAGCUAAUGCUGCGAACGCUGAAAAUUUGUUACAGCAGCAACUGCUUCUUCAACAAAUGCAAUUGCAGCAACAACAGCAGCAACAAAUUCAAUCUAAUAUUGGUAUACAAAUGCAAAAUCAAGUGCCGAUGCAAUUGCAACAAACUCAAAUGCCCAUUCAACAACAGCAAUUACAAUCGACUGCUCAACAAGCUCAACAGCAUAAUUUACAAGCGCAGCAAGUUCAAUUGGUCCAACAGCAACCGAUAAUCCAACAGCAAACAUCGGUUGUACAACCUCAACAGGCUCAGCAAAUUCAAUAUCAACAACAAAUACAGCAGCAAUAUCAGCAGCAGCAACAGUAUUCUCAGCACGUUCCGCAGAGCUUAAAUGCAAAUUCUCCGCAAUGUUCGACUCCGCAAAACGUCCAGGCUCAGCCUCAGUUUCCUCAGGUAUCGCAGCAAAUGCAGUCGCAACAGCAGCAAGUUGUGCACCAGCAACCUCAACAAGUUGUACACCAGCAACCGCAACAAGUUGUACACCAGCAACCGCAACAAGUUGUGCAUCAGCAACCGCAGCAGGUCGUGCAUCAACAACAGCAAUAUAUACAGUUAAAUCAGAUGAGUGUUCCGCAACAGAUUUCUCAUCAGAUGCAACAACAGAUACAACCUCAAAUGCAGAUGUUGUCACAACAGCAGCAUAUGCACCAACAACUUCAGCAACACGCGCCACAACAGCAAUACGCAACGCAACUCCAGCACGUUCAGCAGCUGCAUCAACAUGCCGUUGGUUCGCCGCCUGUUCAAAAUCAGCAAUAUUAUCAGCAAGGCGCUCCUAGUUCUUCGGGAUAUGUUACAACGGGUUCUUUAUAUCCACAAACCAUGCCGCAACAAAUAUUUCACACGUACACCACAUCUACUAAUCCUCCUGGUCAUGUAGAAAUCUUAUCAUCCACCCAAACCGCCACGCAGAUUUAUUCUCACACGAAUUUACCUGCGAGCACGAUGCCCGCAUCCUCACAGUCACAAUACAUUCAAUCGGCCGGUCAGGUUCAAACGUCUAUACCGUCGGGCAUAAGUGUCAAUAGUUCGUCGGCUGUAACACAUAUGCAAAAUGUUGCAAGUUCGACAAUCCCCAAUAUGCAGAGCGCACCUGUUUUAAUCGGCAAUACUGGUCCACAGCCUCAGUCGCAACAAAAUAUUCUUGUACAAAUGCAGUAUUCGCAAGGUGCAAAUAUCAUGCCUAAUUCUAUUUCAAUGACGCCAAAUAUCACGAACGUCUCAGCACAAUCAUCUACCAAUCUACAACCGCAACAUCAACAUUUCAUUCCGGAUCAAUGCCCCGCGACCGAUAGAUCUUCCUUAGUGAAACAAGAUACGAUGGAUUCGAUACAAUCUCUGCCACCAGAUCCACAAAUUAAUUUACAACCAGAAAUUGUCACUGCUAAUUGUGCUCCUCUAGUUGCCACGGGAGUUGCACAACAGUUGACUGGGACAUCUAAUGAGGGAGUUACGCCAGAAAAUUCUGAAUGUGUUACUACUUCCGAGAGAAGUCGGAUAAAACGUUCAGGAACUAAGCGUAAGAAGCCGGGCAUUAAAUUAACAGUUUUGUCUGUCAGUAGCGGCGAGGGACAAUCAAUGACUGUCGAAUGCCAGUUGGAUACGAGCAAACAAAAGACUGUUACUUUUAAAUUUGAUCGAGAUGAUAUGGUACCUACGGAUAUUGCCAAUAACUUGGUUGCGGAAAAUCUGCUGCCGCAAUCUCAAUGUGAGACAUUCGUAGAAUUAAUCGAAGACAUUGUUAAACAAUUGCGUUUGGAUCCUACGCGUGCUCUACCUUUAGUAGCACACGGUCCGCCUGAUCAAUCUGCUGGUGGAAGCCCGGUUACAAGCCGACGUCCUAGAGAUCGCGACCACAGUCUCGAUACAGCUAAGCAGGUGAGACAUGGCUCGCUAACACGUCAAAGCAGCCACCGAUCGUCGUACAAAGUCCACCGUAGACACCGUUCGAGAGACGAAACGUCAAAUACUUCUACUCCGACGAAAUUGUUGCCAAUCGAUCAGAUUAUUUCUCAUAUCGCUAAUACCACAUUGGAGAAGCAACAAGUCGCUCAAACUCCCGAUAGUCAAGUAGGUGUUGAAAAUACGUCAGCGGAGGCUUCCAGAAGAUCAUCCACAUCUACGCAAAAUACUGAUACUUUAACACCCACGAAUAUACCAAGUGAUCCAACGGACAAUCAGGAAACUAUCGUUUCCGCAACGUCUGUGGAAACAGUUCUAGAAGCACAUCAUAAUAUUCAAGAUGACACCAGUAAUUCAGCUUUUAAAUCUUAUCAAACAUCUAUGCAUGCUCAGACUCAAAUACAAGAUACGAACACAGGUCAGGCGAAUGAAGCAUCAAAAGAAUCUCAAGAGCAGCAAGAAAUAGAUGUGAAAGAAUCUGGGAAAGAGACAAAUACAUCCGACGUUGCAGAGAUAUCGACUUUGAUGGUACCGACACCGGUCCGAAAAGUUUCUCGUUUCUUAGUUAGUCCUGUAGUCGCAAAAAAUAUCGCAGCUGAAGAGGAAGCUUCUAUCGUUGGUGAGAAUGUAGAUCGUACAAAUGUCGCGAUCUUGCAGUCAGCAUCUCAGUUUGUCAUGUCUGCUGCAAAUACGGAGCUUGCAAUGAAAAGCGAAGAACACGUAGACGCGAAUGUUUCGGAAAUUCAGAAUGUGACGUCGCACGAACCAGCUAGCAAUAACGAGACAAUAGUUCAAAAUAUUCCGUAUAACAUGGAACAGACAGAUAGUACGCAACAGAUCUUACAGCCAAGCCAGCAGUCGAUCGGAUUGCAGCAGAGCAUCAUUCAAGUGCAAACUUUGCAGCAGGUAACGGGACACGUGCAAACUACAACUAUUGGACAAUCGAAUCAACAUACUAUAAUCGUUCAGGGAUCCACACUAACAUCGCAACAAACAUCCCAACAAAUACCACCUCAAACUGGUAUGCAGCAUUUCGUACCGAUUAGUUCGCAGAAGGAGAUGCAGCCUCAAUCACUCCAUUCGAAUGGGAUUCAAACGCAGGCACAAUAUCCAAAUCAAGCGAUAAUACAGUCUAAUGUUGUGAUGCAACAGCCACAUCAGCAGAUUCCUAUGCAGCAGGGCGUGAUGCAAACACAUAUACAGCCGGAACAGAUACAAGCCCAACGUCCGGCAGUGCAGCAAUUCAUCCCGCAACAGGUGCAGCCUCCGACACAGCAGUAUGUAAUGUUAUCGGGUCAUAUACAACCGAUACAACCGACGACUAUGGAUGACCGAAAUCGCAGGGUGUCGAAUUUAUCCACUACGUCCAAUAUGUCAUCGGAUUCUCAACUUUCAGAAUCAUCUGGCAUAGUUGAAGAAAAGCGACAAGCUGUGAAUACGACUACUAUACCUAUAACGCAUAUGCAACAUAUGCAUGUCCUUCCGCAAGAUGUUCCCGUUACAAUGUCGUUGUCACAAGGUAUUAUAGAAAGCGCUCAGCCUUCCCAUCAAAACGUGCAACAUGUUUCAGGAACUUUACCUCCGUCUAUACCGGUGCCUACUUCUGCACAUUCGGUUGUCACAGACAUUUCCACACCCAAAGUCACUAUUAAGACAAAAGAAGUAUCCUCGACACUUCCAGAUCUUGCGCAAAAUUUGGCGAAUAUACUCUCAAAUCCGAAAUCUAAGUCUGCUACGCCGCAUCCUUUGACUAGCCACGAACCAGUCACUGUUCCUAACGUCGUCGCUCCCGCAUCAGUCGACUAUAAACCUGUGCAAUCUGAGCAAUAUUUUCAGCCUAUACAACCAGAAGUGAGUCAGAUACAAAUUCAACCGCCCAUUCAACACAAUUAUCAAGGGCAGAUUGUGCAUCAAAAUUAUCAGGGACAGCCGAACUUUCAGCAAGCGUUUCAAAAUCAACAGGUGCUUCACCAGAAUCAAGUCCAACCUAUAUCGCAGUCGAUUCCGGUUCCUCAACAAAUUGACACUCAGUCACAGAUGAUGCAGUCCAUUCUUCAAAAUGUAUCAAGUCAACCGACUCAAGGAAAAUGGAUCGUCUCAGCUAAUCAAACUCCUCUGCAGCAGUCAAUACGACAUAUGCAACCAAACCAGUUGCAACCGCUCCCAAAUCAGUUGCAACAAAUUCCUUUGCAAUCACAAGUACAUCAGGCUAUGCAGGAACAACAACAUGGCGAAUCUUCUAUCGCGUUGGAUCAAUCACAUUUACAUUUAAAGCUUCCGGAACAACAUCCAGCAAAGCUUUUUGAAACUGACAAUCCAGAAUCUUUAAGCAUAAAUUGCAUACAUCGUAUUAGUUCCGAUUGCCAAUUACUUGCGUCUGAAAAUGAGAAUUCCAGUCAUGAUGUGACACCCGAGCACACUCUUGUAGAAUCCAUCGAUUCUACAUCGGUUCUACAACAACAGUUAUCACUAUCACAGCAGCAGCAGCACCAGCACCAGCAGCAGCAACAACAACAACAACAACAACAACAACAUCGUAAACUCAGUCAACAGAAUUCAUUGGAUAAAGUGUCAGAUGUAAGCAACGUUGGGAAUGUUGGAAGUAGUACAGGACCUCAAACCAUAGCUGAUUUACAUCAGAAACUUGUGCAAUUGACCAGUCAACCGUCAGAGUCGCUAAACGUCGGUACACCACCUAUAAGUUAUCCUGCCACGCCUCAUAAUAAUCAGAUGGUAGGAGGAUACGACGCAUACAUGCAUUCUUUGCAGCAGAAAUUAUUUAAUAUUGGCAUGCCAGUUUCGUCCGCGAAUGUCACAUGCCCGUUAUCUCCUCAAACAACAAUACAUUCCUCUAAUAUUCUUACCGAAACGCAGGCUGACGUGACUAUCGAAGGCUCCACCAUCACUCAAGACAAUUCUGGUAUACUGUCGCAAACUAAUGUGGAUAGCUCUCUCGACAGUCCAACACCGGGGAUUCCCACGGGGUCCGAAACUAUGAGCCCAAGUAAAGAAAAUGUAAAGAUACGAACUCAAAGACCAGGGUCCCGUUUGCAAGAACUGGAGCAGGAAUUGGCAAAGAUUCAUCACAGAGGCUCGGUUUUUACAAUAGCUCCGACGCAGCCAUUGACACCGCCUAUACCAGUGCAAGCGCAACAAUCCGUGCAAAAUUUGCUGACGACCAUUCAACCAGUGUCAGUAGUGCCUGUAGCUACUGUCACUCCUAAUAUUGUGGCACCGCGUUCUGGUACUGAUACUCCAAUUCAGACGGAACUUCAAGACAGUACUGAGAAGGUAAAUCCUACCCAACCUAUCAGAAAGAUAUCAAGAUUUGUGGUUUCCAAAGUUGCGGGCCCGCCUAUUCAUGCCAAUGUUGCUAUGAAUCAACAGCUUGUUGAUGUUGUAAGGUCUCAAUUACAACAAACGGAAGAAUUAAAAAUUUCAGAACGGCAAAUUCUUUCUCAUCAUACAGAUGAUCUACAUGGUGUACCUGGACAAGUACCUCAUAGUCGAGAAAAUUCUGUACCGCCAAUUGUACAAGCAUCACAUGGUACUAAUGUUUCAAAUAUUGAAUCUGAAAAGGAAGAACGAUUUGUGGCUCUUACACCAAGUGAAGAAUAUCAAUUGCUUAUAAAAAGACAAACUUUGGAACUAGAAACAUUGCAAAGAAGACAUAGGGAAGAAUUGGAACGUUUCCAACAACAUCAGCUGCAAUUGCUUAUUCAGCAACAGCAACAAGCAAGCGCGCUUCAUCAACAUCAACAUCAUCCGUUACUCUAUCAUACGGUUGCAACAAAUCUUUCUGGAUCUAGAAUUCCAGGAACAGAAGAUUAUCUGAUGUUCAGCACAGCGCCGCAGACUCCAUUACAGAAAGGAUCGAGCAACUAUCCAGACACAGAUGAAACUUUACGGCUAGCUAUGCAGAAAUUGAAGCAGACUCCAUUGCAGCUUCAACCGCAACAGGCAUCGGCUGGAAUACCGCAUGCUUACGUUAUACCAAUUCCAGUAGUGCCUUCUGAAAAUAUGCAAAGUGUAAUUUCUCAGCAGGGUAAUAACUGUUCGAAUGAUGUAUCCGAAGGCAUCGAUACGACGCACGGACCAGCGGUUGUGAAUCCAACGCAGUACCAAUUCGCUCCUAUAUUAUCAGAGGGAACAAAUAUUCCGUCGACAACCGGACCGCUAUCUGCGCCCGCGCCCUUAUCGAUAUCUAGCACGACGGGCGCUUACAUCCAGUAUCACGAAGGCCAGCCGCUACCGAAUUUUCAGACUUUCAGCUGCACGCCCCAUGGCGGCUUCUUUCUGCCAGCUGGAUAUCGGUUGAUAUACACGCCACCCACGACGCAAUCUCAGCCGGCGACACCCGCUACGUCUCACGUGACGAAUUCGCGUGACGAUACGCCUCCGACGGCGGAGCCGCACCAUUCGACCAUUGCCGAAAACUCAACGGUUCCUCCUGUGCAUUCGGAUCAAUAACGCAACGUUCGGCUCACACGCUUCUAUAUUCUCCGGUCAAUCUGCGUUCGCUCUUAGUUUUAACGCUGAAUACUGUUUAUAGUGCAGAGUUUUGCAUCGUUAUUAUUACGAAUAUAAUUUGCUGUGAAAUGCGCGCGUCAUUGCCAGACAUUUAUCGUGAAGGUGCGAGGGAAGUGAAUUGAAAGAAAAAAAAAAACGUGAGUGGAACUAUAUAUGAUGUUUUUGAUGUACGACAUACUUGCGUAUAUUAAAUAAGAUAUCAAAUAUUCUCGCUAUCUGAGCGUGUGCAUGAUAUUACUAUGAUAUGUGCCU